GAGACGAGACGAGGGAAAUUUAUGAGGAGAAAAGACGUGAUUUUCGCGUUUCUUUGAGGGUUUUAAAACUAGAAUCUUGCCUGCAAUCAGAAGUACUGCACGCAUUUUUACCGCGAGGAGGUGACUCGUUAUUACUUCGGACUGUUUCAGCCACACCCAUAAAGUGAUUGAGACCUUCAGUGAAGCUCCUCCUACAACAAUCCACCAAUAAAUGCUGGAGUCAAACACACAGAGAAAUCACUCCAUGUGUGACAACUGAAAUCUUCAUGACAUAAUGUUGAUGCUGGUGAAAGAGGAGCUUGAGAAGAUGACAGAUCCACAACCAUGCAGAAUAAAGGAUGAAGAUACUGAGGAACAAAUAGAUAUGAUGGAAGUGAAAGAGGAGAGUCAAGCUGAAGUGGAUGAGAAACAUCAGAUUGUAAAAAUAAACCAUAAUGUUUCACAGAAAGAAACUCUGAAGACAGAAGACAUAAAGUGUGAAAAUAGUUUCAGUGAAGAUGAACGCCCUGAAGAUCACAAGAGGACUCACAGCGAGGAGAAACCUUUAACAUGUCAACAGUGUGGAAAGAGUUUCACCUUUCGAUCGAGCCUUAUCCGGCACAAGAAAGCUCACAGUGAGGAGAAACCUUUCACAUGUCAACAGUGUGGCAAGAGUUUCAGAGAUAAAAGUAAACUUGAGACUCACGUGAGCAGUCACAUUAAAGAAAAAACACAUGUGUGCCAUGAGUGUGAAAGGAGUUUUACAAGAAAAAGUUACCUUAAGAGACACAUGAGGUCUCACACUGGAGAGAAACCUUAUGCAUGUCAACAGUGUGGAAAGAGUUUCACCUUAAUAUCGAACCUUAACCAGCACAUAAAAACUCACAGUGAGGAAAAGCCUUUCACAUGUCAACAGUGUGGAAAGAGUUUCACCUUAAAAUCGAACCUUAACCAGCACAUGAAAGCUCACAGUGAGGAAAAGCCUUUCACAUGUCAACAGUGUGGAAAGAGUUUCAAAACAAAAUGGCACCUUAACCAACAUGUGAGGAUUCACACUGGAGAGAAACCACAUCUGUGCCAUCACUGUGGAAAGAGUUUUACAACUGCAAGUGAACUUAAUAAACAUUCAAGAGUUCACACUGGAGAGAAAACUUACAAGUGUCAACAGUGUGGAAAGAGUUUCAGAACAAAACCUCACCUUAACGUACACAUGAGGAUUCACACCGGAGAGAAACCACACGUGUGCCAUCACUGUGGAAUGAGUUUUAUAACUGCAGGUAGCCUUAAGAGACAUUCGAGUAUUCACACUGGAGAGAAACCUUACAUGUGUCAUUUGUGUAAAAAGAGUUUUACAAGUAAAGGUAAUCUUAAGACACACAUGACACUUCACACUGGAGAGAAACCUUACACUUGUCAUCUGUGUGGAAAGAGUUUCAGAACAAAACCUAACCUUAACGUACACAUGAGGAUUCACACCGGAGAGAAACCACACGUGUGCCAUCACUGUGGAAUGAGUUUUAUAACUGCAGGUAACCUUAAGAAACAUUCGAGUAUUCACACUGGAGAGAAACCUUACAUGUGUCAUUUGUGUAAAAAGAGUUUUACAAGUAAAUGUAAUCUUAAGACACACAUGACACUUCACACUGGAGAGAAACCAUUCACUUGUCAACAGUGUGGAAAGAGUUUUACAACGAAACGUGACCUUAAUAGACACGUGAGAAUUCACACUGGAGAGAAACCGUUCACUUGUCAACAGUGUGGAAAGAGUUUUAUAAUGAAAUGUGACCUUAAUGCACAUGUGAGAAUUCACACCGGAGAGAAACCAUACUUGUGUCAACAGUGUGGAAAGAGUUUCAGGACAAAACCAAACUUUAAUGCACAUUUGGUCACUCACACUGAAGAGAAACCGUUCACAUGCCAUGAGUGUAAAAAGAGUUUCAAAACAAAAGCUAACCUUAAAAAACACGCAAGAUUUCACACUCAAUAGAAACCAUUCAUGUGUCAACAGUGUGGAUAUGGCAACAAAGUUUAUAAAUCAGCUGAGGUCUUAUUAAUAAAACUGUCUGGAGGAUCCUUACUCAAAGUCUACAUGCACACAAAAGCCCAAGAUGUCUGUUCUUGUGAAACGUCAUCAGUCGCGGCCCAAGUACUGUUCCAAUACCAAGUUCACAUCAAGUCAAGUUCACAUAACAUCUCAGGAUGUGUUCUUGAUCCACUCAUUUUAUCAAGGAUGAAUCAGAAGGUAACUUGUGUGGACGUAUGAUGGACGAUUUUCCCAGAAUGCAUUUUACAUCAACGGCAUUGAAGCUUAAUACCUGCACAAUAUUUGAAAUAUUACUCUUUCUGUGUCAUAAAAUGUAGCCGUUUAGUCGAGAAUAUAGAUGAAUAAACUUUAAAUCUGUGGUCAGUUAGUAAAGAUAGGACCUAAUAUUAAAAUUUCCUCUGAUGAUUUUGGAUAUGUGAGUUCAAGGUGAUCAAAGAGAUUCCUCUCUGCAAAUCCUUCUGAAAUGUUCUGCUGUCUCAGUGCAGCUGCUCUGCCCUUCAGUGUCUGAUCGUUAAACAUGAAAUAUUCUCCUUGGAUAUACACUAUAUUGCCCAAUGUUUUGGGACACCCCUCCAAAUCAUUGAAUUCAGGUGUUCCAGUCACAUCUAGUGAAAGGAACUCUUAAUGCUUCAUCAUACCAAGACAUUUUGGACAUUUUCAUGCUCCAACUUUGUGGGAACAGUUUAGGGAUGGCUCCUUCCUGUUCCAACAUGACUGUGCACCAGUGCACAAAGCAAAGAGCGAGUGUGCAGAAACUUGACUGGCCUGCACAGAGUCGUGACCUCAACCCAAUCAAACAUCUUUUGAAUGAAUUAGAGCAGAGACUACGAGUGAGGCCUUCAUCAGUGUCUUACAAAUGUGUUUUAGAAGAAUGGUCAAAAUUUCCUAUAAACACAUUCUUAAACCUUGUAGAAAGUCUUCCAAGAAUAGUUGAAGCUGUUAUAGCUGCAAAGGGUGGACAAAACUCCAAAUUAAACCAUAUGGAUUAAGAAUAUAAAGGCAGGUGUCCCAAAACUUUUGUCAAUAUAGUGCAUCUA